AAACGUAUGCGGAAGAAGGUCACUGGGACACAGGAGGUGGAGGGGAAGCCUGACGGGACACCGAGGAGGGUUUGCUGAAGAUAGCUCCUGUCUUGACUACAUCAACCCACAAUGCACUCUCUUCUUUAGAGGAAUCAGGAGCCCUGGGUGGCCCAGGGUGAAACUCAGGCCAUCAUGGCUGAAGCCGUCCAUUACAUCCACCUUCAGAACUUCAGCAAGUCUCUGCUGGAGACCCUCAACGGGCAGCGUCUGGGUGGACACUUCUGCGACGUGACGGUGCAUAUCCAGGAGGCCACGUUACGGGCCCACCGGUGCGUGCUGGCUGCCGGCAGCCCCUUCUUCCAUGACAAGCUGCUGCUGGGCUACUCAGAGAUCGAGGUGCCCCCUGUGGUGCCCAGUCAGGUGGUGCGGCAGCUGGUGGAGUUCAUGUACAGCGGCUCUCUAGUUGUAGCCCAGUCUGAAGCUCUGCAGAUCCUCACGGCCGCCUCCAUCCUGCAGAUCAAGACUGUGAUCGAUGAAUGCACCCAGAUCAUCUCCCAGAGCCGCAGCCCAAAGCCUCCGGCUGCCCCCCCAUCGGUACCUCUCUCCCUUUCCAGGGUCCUGCCUGUCAAACCCCAAGAGCAGCCCCCUAAAGAGGCUAUCGGUGGCGUCUCCCGGCCAGGGGACCUUGAGGCCGCCCACCUUGAGCCUCCCAAGCUGCUCUGUGCUUCCGAGGUGCGCUACAAGCUGCGUGACCUGCUCUCCUCCCAGCACAGGGAGGCCAAGGCAGCCGCCUGCGAGGGGGGCCUGAGCGAUGUGGAAACGGGGGCUCCUUAUCUGCACCCCGUCGAGGCAACGACCAGCUGCCACAGCCGCAAGCAGCGCCAGCCGGUGAGGCUUCAGCUCUCCGAGACCAUGCCCGUCAUCAUCAAGGAUGAGGAAGAGGGUGUCGGAGAAGGCAGGGAGGGAGCAGCGGCCGAACAAGAAGCCAAGCUGAGCUGCUUUGCGGAGUGCAGCGGGAGCAGGAACUUCCCCACUGGGUACAGUGAAGAGGCGGAGACCAAAGAUUCAGGGAGCACCAGCGGGGCUGGCCGGAAGGAGAACAUCCACUUGGACUACACCACCUCCGAGGGCCAGGAUUUCUUUGGGAACCAGGACGUGUUUUCCGAGUCCUUCAUCCCGACCUGGCAGGGGGAGGAGAGCGGCGAAGAGGCCGCCCCGUCAGCCACUCGGGACAGGGAGAAGUUCCACUCGGACUGCAGCUUGGAGGCUUCCAACCUGAGAAGCUUGGCAGGGGAGUUCAAGUCGGACAUGGGCGGCCCGUCCUCGGCGUUCCCGCCUCGCAGCAGUAGUGGCGGUGGCGGGCUGACGUUUGUCUCCUCCCUGGGCAUCCAGCGGGAGCUGAAGGCCGAGGUCAGCGGCGCCAACACGGCAACCAGCACCACAAGCAUCUUCCAGUUCCACCUCCCCCAGCCCGGUGGGGUGGCCCAGAGCUUUUAUAGCAUCCAGCAGCAGCAGGAGGCAAGCGCCAACAACAUGGUGCAGCUCAGCCCCGGCUCCAUGGUCCCUGGCACCCUGCAUGGUGGAGAACAGCAGAAUCAACAGCCCGGUCCCUCACGCUGCUCCGAGCCCUCCUACCAGUGCAGCCAUUGCCAGAAAACGUUCAGCUCCCGCAAAAACUACACCAAGCAUAUGUUCAUCCACUCUGGCGAGAAGCCCCAUCAAUGCAGCAUCUGCUGGCGCUCCUUCUCGCUGCGAGACUACCUGCUCAAGCACAUGGUGACCCACACGGGGGUGCGCGCCUUCCAGUGCUCCAUCUGCUGCAAGCGCUUCACCCAGAAGAGCUCCCUCAACGUGCACAUGCGCACUCACCGCCCCGAACGCUUCCAGUGCUGCAUUUGCAACAAGUACUUUUCCCACCGCACCCUGCUGGAGCGCCACAUGACCACCCACACCGCUUGGAAAGGCGGGCAGCCCGACACCCCAGGUGCCAUUGCUGCUGCCGCCUCCUCUGCUGACUGGAAGGACAAACCAAGCAUCACCACCACCUCCACCGAGGGGACCCUCACGGCCCCGUGGAAAACAGGAGAGCCGGCUUCCGAGAGUGCCAUCACGGCGUGGAAAGCGGGGGACCCGGUCUCCGGGGAAAGCAGCCUGGUGGCCUGGAAGGGGGAGGCCGCUGGGGAAGGGCCAGUUGCGGCUUGGAAAGGGGACCCGGUAGCGGAGGCAUCCAUACAGACUCACUCAGCCUAGGAAGCUCUGUUUGGCCACUUUACGAAGGGACCUUGGCAGCCAGCCCUCGCUGUUCAGACAGGCAGCAUCAAGGCAAGCUGUGAGCUGUUGAAUCGGGAAGGGGGCCCAGCAUCCUGUAAAUUGCAAAGGUUUCAGAUACAGGGCCAAGACUUCAGUUGUUGCAAGGCAGCCUUUUUCAGGGUCUGGGAGUAGGGCAGACAGGUCCUCCCUGGGCACCAGUGGGGUUGGGAUUGGGGGUAGGGCUGCCAGAUUGGGGAACUUGUUGAGAUUUGGAGAUGGAGGAUAGGGAGAACGAGGACUUCAGCGGGGUCCAAUGCCAUACACCCCACCUUCCAAAGCAUCUGUUUUCUCCAAGGGAAACUGAUCUCUGUAGUCUAGAGAUGAGCUCUAAUUCUGGGGGAUCCUCCAGCUUCCACCAGGAGGCUGGCAUCCGUAUCAGGGAGCAUCUCUCAUUAUUAGUGAGGUUUGUAGCCCAUCCAUACAGAGGGCAGAGACAGGAAGGUUAUCUCGUGCUGUCCUCAUGACACCCUUGUGAUGUCGGUAAAAGACAGACUUGCCAAAGACCACCCUUCGUGGUUGAGUGGGGAUUUUCAACCAAGAUCUCUCCAUACCGCACUCUGUCCAAAGUGUAGCCCUUCCUCUUUGGUGCUUGUUGUUAGAGGUGUGGCCAGGGGCAGAAGCAGGACUACAGUCAAGACGGAUCCGCAGCAGUGUUAGAGAUGGCAGUGUAAAGCACCACCUGCCUAUCUUGGCAUUUAGGAUCAGAAAUGCCUAAAAAUGAGACAAGUUUUUAAAAUGAUUCCAAGCAUAGGGGUGUUUUGCUCACAGUCUUAAAGCAGUUCCCAGUACAUAUUGUCAAAAUGGUUGUUUCCACGGAUAUGUACACACAUUUAAGUUUCGGUCGAGCCUUUCCUCUUUGCCUGUCCUUUUCUAGUAUGAAAUAAAACAGUGCGUAUGUGGAUUGCUAAACCACUGAACUGUA